UGUCCUGUACAAUCUUAAUAAUUCAUGCCAAACUUGCAUUGGCAGUAUAUUAAUGAGAUUAGGCAUCAUAUUCUGACAAGGCUAUUAAUGCUUCUUCUUCGUUUUUUUUGCCUAAAUCAUCCAGGUAUCCUAUUUGCUCUUGAUAUUCUUUUGCGGAAUGUUUAUUACAGUCGAUGGCUUCAACAAAACCGGAAUUCCAAGCAACCUGUGGGAUUUCAUGGAGCCUUAUGCAAAAAUAGAUCAUAUCAGGGGAAUGGCAGUUUUAGCUGCUGUCAUAAUUGUGCUCUCAAAUUUGGCAUCAAAUGUACCUACAGUUCUACUGCUUGGAGCACGAGUGGCAGCUUCUGCUGCAGUAAUAUCGCCUGCCAGUGAGAAGAAAGCAUGGCUUGUCUUAGCUUGGGUGAGCACGGUUGCAGGGAAUCUCUCUCUUUUGGGAUCAGCUGCCAACUUAAUAGUGUGUGAACAGGCCCGUCAAGCUCACCAUGGCUACAAUUUAAAAUUUUGGAGUCACCUCAAAUUUGGAGUUCCCUACAACAUCAGAGGAAACGAAACAAGAUAA